AGCCAUUGCUGUUCCCUAUGUUUAGACAGUAAAGAUAUGCAUAGCUACAGUUACUUUGCUUAACUAGUGUUUUGCUUUUUUUUUCUCUUUAAUCUUUCACUCAUAUGUUUGCAGGUCUUCUAUUUCUGACAGCUGUGUCUGAUACUCACCCAGAUCAGUUUGUAUACAAAACAUUGCCUCCCCACAUACAGGUGGACAAAGCAGUGGAUGUAAUGAUGAAUAGCUACUUAGGUUUCUCUUUAGACUCUGGUAAAGGAAUUGUCUCCCCAAAUGAGAUGACUUUUGUGUCUGGUGCACCAAGAGCCAACCACAGUGGAGCAGUUGUUUUACUGAAAAAAGAGAAAAAUCAGAGAGCGCUUUCACUCGAGCACAUGUUUGAAGGAGAAGGGCUGGCCUCUUCUUUUGGUUAUGAUGUUGCUGUGGUGGACCUCAACAAUGACGGGUGGCAAGACAUUGUUGUUGGAGCACCGCAGUAUUUUGACAGAAGUGGAGAUAUUGGUGGUGCUGUGUAUAUCUACAUUAACCAGCAAGGCAAAUGGAAAGGGGUAAAACCUGUUCGCUUAAAUGGAACCACUGACUCAAUGUUUGGACUUGCAGUUGAAAACAUUGGAGACAUUAAUCAGGAUGGAUUUCCAGAUAUUGCAGUAGGUGCUCCAUAUGAUGGUUUUGGCAAAGUAUACAUUUAUCAUGGAUCCAAGAGUGGAAUAAAUACAAAACCAGCGCAGAUUCUUGAUGGUGAAAAAACAGGCACCAAUUUCUUUGGUUAUUCUAUUGCUGGAAACAUGGACCUGGAUAAAAAUUCCUACCCUGAUAUUGCUGUUGGUUCUCUUUCAGAUUCUGUAUCUGUGUUCAGAUCUCGGCCUGUUAUAAGCAUUAUGAAAAGCAUUACAGUACAUCCUGACAGAAUUGAUCUAAAGAGAAAGAACUCUGAGGAACCUAGUGAAAUACAGAUGGAUGUGAAAGCAUGUUUUCAAUACACUGCAAACCCUCGUGAUUUAAAUCCAAGAAUAAAGAUCAGCUAUACAUUUGAAGCAGAAAAUGAGAGGAGGCAAUUAGGCCUGCCAUCUAGAGUACGAUUUAAAGACCAUCUGUCUGACCAGUUUACUGCAAGUACAACCCUGAGGGAACAGAAUUCAAAAGAGUGUGUAUCAACGAAGCUUGUACUACAGGAAAAAAUUAAAGACAAGCUGCGCCCCAUUCCUGUAUCGGUUAGUGUGAAAAUUGCUGGCUUGGAGUCUAGCUCACCAUCCAUAAAAAAAGAAAGAGCGCUUCCGGAUCUUUUACCAAUUCUAAACUCAGAUGAAUCUGAAACAGAGACCACAAAAGUGGAGUUCUUAAAAGAAGGAUGUGGAGAAGACAAUGAAUGUCACAGCAAUCUAAAACUGCAGUACCGAUUUUGUACUAGAGAAGGAAAUGAAGACAGGUUUACCUAUUUACCAAUUGAAAAUGACAUGCCAGUGCUUGUUCUGAAAGAUCAGAAAGAUAUUGCUCUGGAAAUAACAGUGACAAAUAAUCCAUCUGAUGCAAAAAAUCCACAAAAAGAUGGUGAAGAUGCAUACGAAGCUAAACUAAUUGCAACUUUUCCAGAUAGUCUGACUUACUCUGCUUUCAGGGAGAUGAGGGGUUAUCCUGAAAAACAGCUAACCUGUGGCGCUAACCAAAAUGGUUCUCAAGCAGAGUGUGAACUUGGAAAUCCUUUCAAGAGAAAUUCCAAUGUCACCUUUUAUCUGAUCUUGAGUACCACUAAAGUUAACGUUGAUACAACAGACUUGGACAUUAAUCUGAAGUUGGAAACAACAAGCACUCAAGUUAAUUCGACUCCAAUCAUUGCUAGUGCUAAAGUGGUUAUUGAACUGCUUUUAUCACUCACUGGAGUUGCUAAGCCUUCUCAGGUAUACUUUGGAGGUAACAUCGUCGGUGAGAGUGCUAUAAAAUCUGAAGAUAAUAUUGGAAGCCUCAUAGAGUAUGAAUUCAGAGUAACUAACUUGGGCAGGCCACUUAAAACAUUUGGCACAGCUUCUCUGGACAUCCAGUGGCCAAAAGAAAUUAGUAAUGGCAAAUGGCUGCUUUAUUUGAUGAAAAUAGAUUCCAAAGGCUUGGAAAAAGUCUCCUGUCAACCCCAGAAUGAAAUUAAUUAUUUGCGUGUUACGGAAUCCCAUAACUCAAGGAAGAAACGUGAGGUUGCAGAGAAGCAGAUUAUAGACAGCAAAACAUUUUCUUUAUUCUCAGAAAGAAAAUACAAGACUUUGGACUGCAAUACGAAUGCACGCUGCGUGGACAUAAGAUGCCCCCUGAAUGGUUUGGACAGCAAGGCAUCUGUUGUGCUGCGUUCCAGACUGUGGAACAGUACUUUCUUAGAAGAAUACUCCAAAAUGAACUAUCUAGACAUUCUUGUUAGGGCUUCAAUCAGCGUUCCUGCUGCAGCUAAGAAUGUUAAACUCACAAAUGAAGUUGCUCAGGUGCGUGUUACUGUCUUUCCUGCAAAAACGGUAGCACUUUAUACAGGGGUGCCUUGGUGGAUCAUCUUAGUAGCAAUUCUUGCUGGAAUACUAAUGCUUGCACUGUUGGUAUUCUUAUUGUGGAAGUGUGGGUUCUUCCAGCGUUCUAGGUACGAUGACAGUGUCCCCCGAUAUCAUGCUGUAAGAAUUCGAAAAGAAGAGCGACAGAUCAAAGAUGGGAAAUGCAAAGAUCUUGAGACAAAACAGUGGAUCACGAAAUGGCAAAGUUCAGCUAAAGGUUCAUGUUUUCCUUAAUGGAAUACUGGUGGAGUUGGACCUGUGUACACUAUGGACAUUCACUGUUUGAUUGUAGAUACUACUACUUACAUUGAGGCUUUUGUUUGCACAGCUAAAAUUGCUUCAACAGACUUUAUUUGCAUUAUUUAAUUUCCAGACUGCCUCUUUUUCCCUUCAAAUCUAACUCACACUUUAGACGAUGCUGUAUUGAUUUGGGUCUUUUCUGCAAUGUGUACAUCUGCCAUGGCAGACUUUUUCCUAUGAUCUUUACAUUCCUGGUGUGUAAGGAAUGCGUAGUUAAGGUCACAAUAGGUUCUCCAUCCUUCCUUCAGUGCACACAGUGGCCUUGACACACUUUGUUCAGGUGAAAUCUGAAGACCUGCAAAUCUACUUUAGUCAUAAGCUUUGCCUGCUACAGUAGUUAGGGCUUAACAACAAGCAUCAUCUUAAAUUACAUGUGCAAUAGGUGAUGUUGCUCAGUUUCUAAGAUCAGAUUGUGUGAAUCUUGCUCACACCAAAUAUACACAGGUUUUUUUUAAAGAGAGGCUUAAAUAUUAGAUGUACUUUUUGUAUAUAUAUAUUUUAGUCAUUUUUGUAUUUAUUUUUGUUAUAAAUCAUUGUCUUUGACUAACCAUUAGGCCAAAGACUUAACUGAACCUUCAAACCCACUGUGUUUAUGAACUUCGGAUUACAAGACCUGAAGCUUUCACAGCAUUUUAAUAAAUCACUACAGGUGCCAAUGCUUUCUAAAAAUGUAAGUAUUUAUUCCAGUGAUAUAUGUGGGGGCUUUUUUCCUGAUACAUAUUUUAUGUAAUAGGAAUCACCAGGUCUUGUAAUGUGAUUUGUAUAUUACUUCAGAAUAUGUAACGAUUUGGACAGCAAGCAGAAGUAUGGUUUUAAAUACAGUUUUAUACUUGUUGCAAGAGAAGUGACAGGUUCUCUGGAAACAACUUUCCAGCUUCAUGAGAAUUUCCUGUUUAGAGAAAAGUGUUGACUACUGCAUCUGUUAGAUAGCACUUGAAGGAGGCUAUAAAGGCCUAACUUACCUUAAUUAUGGGGAUCUGAGCCGAUCCACUUUGAGACUACUGAAUUGUCUUGAAUACCUGAAUGUUGAUAAGAGUAGAGCCACAACGUUGUGCUUUUCAGUAAUCUAGUUAUUGUAACAUAAGUGAUUUAAAUGCCUAACUAUUUAAAGAGUUUACCUUUUUUUACCCAUGUUCUAAAGUGUUGGUACUAUUUAAGAAUUAAAAUUUAGCUCACAAUUGUUUAUUUCAUGUAAAACAAAAUUCUACUCAAAGAUGCAUGUUAAUUGCUAGUAAUCUGUACUAUGCAAAAACCUCUUUAUACUUUUUCCCCUCCUAGGGGAAAAACCUGCUAAAAGGGCAGUUGUCAGGCGUCUCAUUUGUAUUACUAACUCUAUAAACAUACCUUUUUAGAAGUUGUGGUCCACCUUAAACGUUAUUAUAGAAAGUACGUUCAUUUAAUAGACUCCUCUUCCUCCUGCUAAAUAAUCUCAGUAUGUUGUGACCCUGAUUUUAUGAACCCUUACACACAUUUAUAGCUGUUAUCCAGUUUCUGACCUUUUAAAAAUUCUAGCUUACUUGCUGAAAGGCUCAUCUGUGUAAGAAGCCAGGCUAAUAUGGUGCUAAGAAGCUUGACAAACUACUGCAGGCUUUGAUUUAAAAGCAAUGUCUUUCCCCAUCCUGCCCCCCUCAAUUGUGGCACUGCUGUAAGAACAUGAAUGUUGAACUGAAAGUUUUUGAAAAUAAGUCAUGUCACUGGUAUACUUUUGUCUCAAACAGUUUUUAUACUAGCUAGCAAUGCAACAUCAUUCCAAUAUUAGAAAUUACCUGUGGAUAUUUGUAUAGAAGUGUGAAAUAAAAAUUUUUUUAAUUAAAACUGUUUUUGGUAAUGGUGAUUUCUUCUUAAUUUCAUGACUUACUCUCAGCUCAGCUCACUAGUUUAUUAGAAGAGCAAGCUGCAAGCUUUAAGGAAGAGAAACUAUUAAAAUGUUAGCUUUAAAAAAAAAAAAAAAAAAGUCUCAAUCUAAAUAUGGCUGUAACUCUGACCUCACCUAUGCAAGGAGGUGGCCACAAGAGCUGCAGCUGAUACUGCACAAUCUCUCCCAUGUGCAGGCUGGCUCCUGCCUGCUGUGCUUUCCAGCAUUGACAGCAGCCUGGUGGCCAGGCAGCCCUUCCAACAGCACAGUUCUAUGCUUGAGUUCCUCAUGGGAGAGCUGCCCUCUGUUCUCACUUCGCUUUUGUGCUGCCCAGGUGUAAAGGCACUUGAGACGGGCUACCACACUGCAACUUCAGUGCGCGCAGUCUUCUGUAAGCUACCUUGCCAUAUGGGUGGUGUUGGUAAGUGGGUGAGGCACAAGAGUGUUUCCCAAAAAUCAGUCAAGGACUUUACCCACCUUUCUGUACCUAUCAGUGGAAGCACGAUACUGACUGUUACUUACGAAGACAUAGAAUACAGAUUCAACUCAAAAAGAAAAAAAAAAGAAAAAAGAAAGGGAAAAGAUGCAGCAAACAAGGAUUAGUGGGUAUUUUUUUUUCCUAAAUCUCUCUUUUUAAGAUGUUAAUCCUUACAGGAUUUCACUUUCCUCUGCUGAAAGGAAAGAUGCAGCAAGUACUGAAGAUAAGGGUUAAGAGGAUACAUGCUAGGCAAAGGGAGUGACAGAUAAGGAGGCCAGUGUUUAUUACAGCUGAGAAAUUACCAGGAGUAUAACCAGCAGCUGCUGCUAGGUCUCCUGGAGCACGUAAAAGGUGUGGAAAGCAACCUUCUUCUAUUAAUUAAAUUCUUUAAUUAGUCUCAUUGACAUGGUUAUAACGGACACAAGCAUUUAUCCACAGAAAGACAAAAAUAGGGACUGAGCGAGCAGGGAAGUACCCUCCCAUGAAACACAGGAUCAUGGCUGUCAAAACAGGCCUUGACAGCACUGUAUCACUAGAAUCUAGUGUAGGGCCUGGCUUCUGUUCAACAGCACAGAUAAGUUACCUAUAAGGUAUAAACAAGUUUUUUUCCUAUGACACUACACAGCCUCAGUUGCCACUCUGUGUAUAGUUUAAGGCACGCUAAUAGAUUACUAGUAAAAUGGAGUAUAUGUUUGACUGUCACAGGUGCCAGAUCUUAUGAGAAAAGCUUCCAAUAUAAGGGUCCAUGAUGGUGUAAUUUCAAGAACCACCUGUGGGAAGGGAGGCAGAGAAGGAACAGGGUGUGCUGAAGCAAACAGCAGGGAACAUAGCACAUAAGUAGCAUAGAAAAGAUUUUUUUUGAUGAAGGCACUAAAACUCAAAUCUAUUUGCAGCACGCUGAGCUGCAAUGCUGGCUGCCACUGCAGCACAUUAUCCUAACUAAAAAUCAGACUAAACAGAGGACAAGAAACCUGCUUACAUGCAGCAGGGGAGGCUUGCGGGGGGGGGGGGGGGAAGGCACAAGAAAGGAUUAGCAAUCAGUUUGCAAAAAACGCAUGAGAACAAAUUGCAAUUAAAAAAGAAACUGAAGUAGCAUGUCGAGGCAGCUCACCAGCACGGACAUGCUUCUGCUGGUUUUCCAGACAAGCCCACCUGUGUGUGGAAACAAGAAUCCAAGCAGUGUAUUUCCCUCCUGUGGCUUUGUAAGCAGUUACAUCAGUCCCAUCCCCAUCCUUGGGACUUGAGUAUUUGGCCCCUCAAGCUCUGGAUUCAUAAUUAAAAUUAUGUCUUUUAUGACUUCAUAAACCUUACUGCUUUGCUAGGCAUGGACUACAAGAGAGGACUGAUGGCUCAGUGCAGUCCUUGCAGCCUUCUUUCCCAAGCAACGUCCUUGGGGGCUUUCCAGCAAGCCUUCUUUU